AUGUUAUCAGCAAUAAAUAUGACACGGAACAAAUUACCUCCACUUUGGACAGUUAUUAUAAAAUUGGGCUUUGGAGUUCGAAAACGGACAAAAGUUGUAUUUCUGGGUUUGAAGAGCUCAAAAUUUCAAAAAAUCAGUCCUUAUCGUCGAGGAUUGGGAUGGUUAACGGUAAAAUAUCGCCGGUUCUAUUUUGUAGUCUGUUUCUUUUAUAAACUUUUAGAACAUGGAAAACCUGAGUAUCUGCGUGAUCUGUUUGUAGAAGAAUCAGAUGUUCGACGGUCUGAUAGGCUUGCUGCUAAGAGACACACAUUUUUCAAAAUACCAAAUUUUACCACAUCUUACUUCGAGAAAUCCUACAUUGUAACUCGUAACAGUGAUCAAGCUUUGGGAAGAAUUACCGAGUGA